UUUAUAAAGCCUAGGAGAGGCAAGUGGGGGUGCGCGUGUGCCGAAGGUUUGCAGCUCCUGUGGAGUGUGGUGCAUUUUUGAAAUACUGGUUUUUAUUUCUCUCCAGUUAUAAAAAGAAAAGUGGUUACUGUGUGCAUAAGCCAAGAUGUCCAAGGGUCCAGCUGUCGGCAUUGAUCUGGGGACCACCUACUCCUGUGUGGGCGUCUUCCAACAUGGCAAGGUGGAGAUCAUCGCCAAUGACCAGGGCAACCGCACCACCCCCAGCUAUGUGGCCUUCACGGAUACGGAGCGCCUCAUCGGGGAUGCUGCCAAGAACCAAGUGGCCAUGAAUCCUACCAACACUGUCUUUGAUGCCAAGCGCCUUAUUGGCCGCCGUUACGAUGAUCCCGUGGUGCACUCAGACAUGAAGCAUUGGCCCUUCCACGUGAUCAAUGAUGGGGGCCGUCCCAAAGUGCAGGUGGAGUACAAAGGGGACACGAAGAGCUUCUACGCCGAGGAGAUUUCGUCUAUGGUCCUCACCAAGAUGAAGGAAAUCGCUGAGGCCUACCUGGGCAAGACCAUUAACAAUGCAGUCAUUACCGUCCCGGCCUACUUCAAUGACUCCCAGCGACAGGCGACUAAGGACGCCGGCACCAUUGCAGGCCUUAACGUCCUUCGCAUCAUCAACGAACCCACAGCAGCUGCCAUCGCCUAUGGCCUGGAUAAAAAGGUAGGUGGAGAGCGCAACGUCCUCAUAUUUGACCUGGGCGGUGGCACUUUUGACGUCUCCAUCCUGACCAUUGAGGACGGCAUCUUUGAGGUGAAGUCGACCGCGGGGGACACUCACCUGGGCGGCGAGGAUUUUGACAACCGCAUGGUGAACCACUUUGUGUCGGAGUUCAAGCGGAAGCACAAGAAGGACAUCACGGACAACAAGAGGGCGGUCCGGCGGCUGCGCACAGCCUGCGAGCGAGCCAAGCGCACCCUCAGCUCCUCCACCCAGGCCUCCAUCGAGAUAGACUCCCUCUAUGAGGGCAUUGACUUCUACACGUCCAUCACCCGUGCCCGCUUUGAGGAGCUGAACGCCGACCUCUUUCGCGGCACCCUGGAGCCUGUAGAGAAGGCCUUGCGUGAUGCCAAGCUGGACAAAUCUCAGGUGCACGACAUCGUGCUGGUCGGCGGCUCAACCCGCAUCCCCAAGAUCCAGAAGCUUCUGCAGGACUUCUUCAAUGGCAGGGAACUCAAUAAGAGCAUCAACCCUGAUGAAGCGGUGGCUUACGGUGCAGCUGUCCAGGCUGCCAUCCUUUGUGGAGACAAGUCUGAGAACGUGCAGGACUUGCUGCUGCUAGAUGUCACGCCUCUGUCCUUGGGCAUCGAGACAGCCGGCGGGGUGAUGACGGCCCUCAUCAAGCGGAACACAACCAUCCCCACCAAGCAGACCCAGACCUUCACCACUUACUCAGACAACCAGCCUGGAGUGCUCAUCCAAGUAUACGAGGGAGAGCGUGCCAUGACCAAAGACAAUAAUUUGCUGGGCAAGUUUGAGUUGACGGGGAUCCCACCUGCUCCUCGUGGCGUUCCCCAGAUUGAAGUGACCUUUGACAUUGAUGCCAAUGGUAUCCUCAACGUGUCUGCGGCUGACAAGAGCACGGGCAAGGAGAACAAGAUCACAAUCACCAAUGAUAAGGGCCGCCUUAGCAAAGAGGAGAUUGAGCGUAUGGUCCAAGAGGCAGAACAAUACAAGGCAGAGGAUGAAGUCCAGCGGGAGAAGAUUGCGGCCAAGAACUCCCUGGAGUCCCUGGCUUUCAACAUGAAGAGCACGGCGGAGGACGAGAAGCUCAAGGACAAGCUGUCCCCUGAGGACAAGCAGAAGAUCCUGGACAAGUGCAAUGAGGUCAUUUCCUGGCUGGACAGGAACCAGAUGGCAGAAAAGGAAGAGUAUGAACACCAGCAGAAGGAGCUGCAGAACGUCUGCAACCCCAUUGUUACCAAGCUGUACCAAGGGGCAGGGGGCAUGCCUGGUGGGAUGCCCGGUGGCAUGCCUGGGGGCUUCCCAGGAGCCGGAGGGGCUGGCGGUGGCUCUUCUGGCCCCACCAUCGAAGAGGUGGAUUGAGAGCCUUCCUUCUCCUGCUGAACCCUGCACGUCGGUGGGGAGCAGCACCAACUGUCCUGGAUUCUGCUUCGCUCUGUCUCCUUCUGCCCUUCCCCUCCCCAUGAGUCUCUGCACAUAAAGGAGCUUGUUUACUCUCUUCCCAGCCCCCUCUGCUCCACCCCAUUUGUUUCUGCUCUGUAAUGGAGUUGAGCAUGUCUCCUUACUGCCAUACUGAGACUUUCUAAGAUGGUGUUCACGUGAAUAAAUUAUUGCACUUCUA